GACGAGAGUUAGAGUUCCUCCUUGAGCUUAGCUACUGCAGAGUCCUUAGUCAUGUGAGGUAAAGCGCCUCAAUCACAUGACGGCCAUGAAAAAGCAAAACAGGAAGUAAAUAUCAGAAGGUUUAGUAUCGUACGGAAGAGGAAGCGAUGGGGUCAGCGGUGGAGAGGAUGGAUGAACUCGUAAAAGAGUACCUAACAUACCGCGGUUUCACCAGCACUCUCAAGAACCUGGAUACUGAAAUCAAAACCGACAAGGAGAAAGGAUUCCGAGUGGAUAAAAUUAUCGACCAGCUUCAGCAAUUCAUUCAGAACUACGACCUGUCGGCGCUGAAAGACUACUGGGGUCAUCUGGAUCGGAAGCUGUUCUGUCGAUUGGAAGAUGUCUAUCGACCCACCAUUAACAAGCUGAGGACCAGUCUCUUCAGAUACUACUUAGUGUACACGGUGCAGUCGAACCGGAUGGAGAAAACACAGGAGUUUUUCCAGAAGCAGGCUCUUGAGCUGCAGGGCCAGCCCGAGUGGCGUGAUUGGUUCAUCCUGCCCUUUGUCCCCGCCCCCGAGCAGAACCCCGCAUUCUCCCCUUACUUCUCCCGCCAAUGGGCGGACACCUUCCUGGUUUCCCUGCACAACUUCUUAAGCGUUCUCUUCCAGUGCAUGCCUCUGCCCGUGCUGCUCAGCUUUGACUCAGAAGUGCAGAGGACCAUCGGCCUGCAGGAGGAGAACGAACAGCUUCGGCAAAAGCUGUUCGCCCGUCAGGCCGAGCCCCGCCCAAAGAUGGAGGAGACGAUGGUGCACCACAAGCUCCCGUCAUACGUGCAGAACAUGGACCGGCUGGGAGACACGGAGCUGGACCUAGUGUCCAGCCAGCGGAAUCUCAGCCUGGCCACCCCGUCUCGCAACUUCUUCUCCACAUUCCUCCCCCAAGGAAAACGGGUGCCUGGCAAGACGCCCCUAGGAGCCGGGUCCUCACCAACACAGGCCUCAAUGGGGCGGAGAGAUGCUUCGGCCAAUCAUUCAGUGAAGCCCAAAGAUCCUCCUCCCUCCAAAGACCCCAAGAUGGCAGCCAGCAGUGGAGGAGCCAGCGAUCAGCUGGUCAGGCAGAGGAGGCACCAGGACCACGAGAAGGAGCGCAAAGAGCUGCUCUCCAAGCCUGCCACCCAGAUCGUGGAGAGGAGGGGCGAAGCACCCGACGCGGACCCCCACCCCGAGGGUCCCGGUGAUGUCACGAACUCCCCGACCAGCCACACACGCACGGUGGGGGAGGCGGCGGGGCUGGUGGAACAGCCCUUCAUCAAGCUGAGUCAGGAGGAGUACGGCGAGCACCACUCAUCCAUAAUGCACUGCAGGGUGGACUGCUCGGGCAGGAGAGUGGCCAGUCUGGAUGUGGACGGAGUCAUCAAGGUGUGGUCCUUCAACCCCGUCAUGCAGACCAAGGCCACCAUCAUGUCCAAGUCCCCUCUGCUGUCCCUGGAGUGGGCCACCAAGCCUGACAGACUGCUGCUUUUGGGGAGCGGUGUGGGGACCGUGCGGCUUUAUGACACCGAGGCCAAGAAGAAUCUGUACGAGAUGGCCAUCGACGAUGCACACCCACGGAUCCUGUCCCUGGCCUGCAGUCCCAGCGGGACCUCCUUCGUGUGCUCUGCCGCAGCCCACAGCUCUCGAAGCUCGAGCCUGACGGAGGGGGGCAGCCGCGUGGUGGUGCCUGUCUCAGGGCAGCUGCUUCUGUGGGACACCAAGACCGUCAAACAGCAGCACCAGUUCUCCCUGGAACCGGGCCCAGUGGCCAUAAACUGCACCUCCUUCAACCACAACGGCAACCUGCUGGUCACAGGGGCUGCCGAUGGCAUGAUCCGGCUCUUCGACAUGCAGCGAUACGAGACAGCGAUGAGUUGGAAAGCGCACGACGGCGAGGUGUACAGCGUGGAGUUCAGCUACGACGAGAACACCGUCUUUAGCAUCGGGGAGGACAGCAAGUUCAUCCAGUGGAAUAUCCACCGCUGUGGCGUGAAGCAGUCGGAGUACUCCCUACCCCAGGAUGCAACGGGGCCCUUCGUGCUCUCGGGGUACAGCGGCUACAAGCAGGUGCAGGUGCCCCACGGGCGGCUCUUUGCGUUUGACUCGGAGGGACAGCAUGUGCUCACCUGCUCCAGCAACGGUGGCCUCAUCUACAGGCUGAACGAGGGGGACAACGGGCUGGAAAGCGUGCUGCAGCUGGGGGGGCACAAGGCGCCGGUCGUCACCGUGGACUGGUGCUCGGCUGUGGACUGCGGCACCUGCCUCACCGCCUCCAUGGACGGCAAGAUCAAACUGAGCACGCUCCUGGCGCAGAAGUCCUGAGUCUGCCGCCUGAGUGGGACAUCACCAGUGGGGAGGGGGGGCGGGGCCUUACGGUAGCGGGCCAGUAGCAGCAGCAUAAGGCCGUCUGACAGACUGCCUGUCGUAAUUAAUUUCUAUUAGGGCUCACCGUGUCCUUUUCAGGUAUCGUUAGUGAAAUGUUUUCUGCCAAUUAUUUUCCUGUUUUGGGGGAUGGUCAAGUGGGCUGCCAUGCCUGCAUCUUUAGUCUUUACUAAUACUAUUUUUAAUAGUAUUCGUAAUCGCAACCCUGCGUUGCUAGGACACAGGAAAUUACCCAGAAAGAUAUUUUUUCUCUCGGGCUUUAUAUUCCAUUUUGCUACUCUUUCGAAAUGUAAUUGAUCUCUGUGAACUGGGUAAUAGUGCAUUACAACAGAAAGACAGGAUUCCAGACUUUAAUGAAGUUAAUGUGAUUUUUAGAGAGCUGAAAGCAUGUUAACCACUCACAUUCAGAGACCGUUCAGAACGCUGACCCAGUGUGAUACAGUAGUAACUUUAUCACAGGUGUUAAUUUAACCAUGUCAAAUGCAGCAUGAAUAAAUAUGUUCAUUCCA